ACACACACAUGCUUGUGUGGGGGAGAGAGAGAGAGAGAGAGAGAGAGAUCACUUCACCCAUGUACAGGUUCUGGAGGAUGGCUCUGCUCUUCCUGCUGCUUUGUGCUGUCUCAGUCUCGGAUGGAUUUAACAUUGACAUGUUGAACCCAGAGGAAUUCACAGGAAAUAAAGAGGAGUUUUUUGGAUACAGACUGCUGCAGUAUCCGUCUGACAAGACGAAAGAAAUUAUCGUCAGCGCUCCAUUAAGUGCAAACAGAUCAGGAGCGAUUUUUAAAUGCACAGUGGAGAAGAAAAAUUGCAGCCAAUUUUAUCAGCCAGACUUGAAGGGGAUCAGGUUCUUUGGGAUGUCGAUGGCAGUGAGGACAUCUCCAUCAGCCUCUCUCACUAGCUGCAGUCCGAGUUACAAUCAUGAGUGUGAUGGAAACUCAUAUCUGAACGGAAUCUGUUACCAAUUCAACAGAGAGCUGAACAUGGUCACCAAUCAUGUCACUGCCGCUUUCCAAGAGUGUGUAAAGAGUAAAGUGAACUUGGUCUUCCUUUUUGACGGCUCUAGCAGCAUGACAACCAAAGACUUCCAAAAGAAUAAAAAAUUCAUAUGGGACAUUGUGACAACACUCAGAAACUCAUCUAUCGAGUUUGCGGCUGUUCAGUUUUCUAGUACAUUCAGGACAGUUUUCACCUUUGAAGAUUAUGUUAACGGCACAGCAAAGGACAAACUUGAUAAAGAAGAGCACAUGAAGAAACUUACAAACACACACAGAGCCAUCCAAUUCAUCCUUGAUAAUCUGUUUGAUAAUGUGGCGUCCGGUGCUGAUCCUGAGGCUACUAAAGCCCUGGUUAUCAUCACAGAUGGAGCUCCUAGUGAUUCAGAUCCUAACGUGAUAAAGCGCUGUGAGGACCUCGACAUCACUCGCUUUAUUAUUGGGGUGGGGACUAUAGAAGAUUUUACGCAGCUGAAUAAGCUCGCCUCAGAGCCGAAAAAGAGCACCAUCUUCAGGAUUGAAAACUACAAUGGACUAAAUGGACUUUUGAAGCGACUGCAAAUUAACAUCUAUGGCAUCGAGGGAGCCAGAGGCAGGACAUUUAAGAAAGAGCUUUCUCAGAGUGGAUUCAGUGCUGCCAGUGACAAGAAAACUUUAAUUCUGGGAGCGGUUGGAUCUAAUGAUUGGCGUGGAAUGCUGUAUGAGGUUGAAGGAUCUGGAGCUGGGAACAAUGAGGUGGAAAUCAAAGACAUAAACCUCAAAAACAACUCGUACAAUGGUUAUUCUGUUGUGGUCGGAUGGAAAGACAGUGUUUCUCUUGUGUUCUCUGGAGCACCGAGAUCCAAUUACACAGGUCAGGUGACUCUGUUUAAAAAGACGACUCAAAAGUGGGAAUUCAUGAGCAGUAUCUUUGGAGAACAGAUUGGCUCAUAUUUUGGAGGAUCAGUGUGUGUGUUAGACCUGGACUCAGACAACAACACUGACUUUCUCGUAGUUGGAGCUCCACUGUAUUACAAACCUUAUCCUCAGAGAGAGGGACGGAUAUACAUCUACAGACUCACACGGGAGCUGAAGUUAAAGGAGGAGUUGGUAUGUGAAUCAGCUUUGGGUCGGUUUGGGAUGACCCUAGCUGCUGUAGCAGAUCUGAAUGGAGACCAGCUUCAGGAUUUAGCUGUUGGAGCUCCACUUGAAGACAAUCACAAAGGAGCCGUUUACAUUUACCUCGGCAACCAACAGCACGGCAUCCGCUCCCAAUACAGCCAGAAAAUUAUGGCAAGUUCCAUCUCUGAGAAUCUUCAGCAUUUUGGUUUGGCGAUUGAUGGUGUGAUGGAUAUGGGGCAGGAUGGUCUGACGGACAUCGCAGUUGGAGCACAAGGGACCAUUUUGCUCUUGAAAUCUCGGCCAGUUGUGUCUGUCUCAGCAAAUCUCAGAUUCUCUCCCUCUGAAAUCAACCUGAAUGACUUUGAAUGCCUUGGCAACUCUGAAAAUGCAACUGCCAUCAUUACUCUCAGCACCUGCUUUAAUAUUGCAGAGGCCACCAACAGCAAAGGGGUGGUGGAGAGUGGCCUGAAUGUGUCCUUCAAGCUGAAUGCUGAUGCUGUGAGACAGGACAGUCGGGCAUUUUUCCAUAAGGAAGAUAAGACGUCUAGGAGUCUGGUGAAGUCCGUGCUGCUGGACUCAAACUUUGCCUGUUACAACCAUACAGUCUAUAUGCACAGCUGUGUGAAGGACACCGUCUCUCCAGUGUUAUUCCGACUCACCUUCCACCAGUCUGAUCACCAACCAAAAAACUCCAACUCCAUACUGAACAUCGACAGCAGGAACAUGACUCAGGUGGAGGUUCCUUUUCAGAUUAACUGCAAAAACACGAGCUGUGUAUCAGACCUGUGGCUGCAAUUUACGUUCCUGAACAACACAUUGGUGGUGGUGGACCAGGCAUCUUUUAUUAUCCAGGUAUCUCUGGAGAAUAAAGGAGAUGACUCGUUCAACACCAGUGUGGUGCUGCUUUACCCUCCUGGAUUAUCACUCUCAAAGUUUGAGACCAUUCAGGCGAACAGAAGGACUCUGAGCAGUUGUGGAGAUCGUGAUGAUGGAGCGCUGAAUAAAACCACCUGCAGUAUCAAUUUGCCAGUUUAUCGCAGAAAAACACAUGCCAAGUUUGAGGGUGUGUUCCGGAUCUCUCGCUUUUACAACUGGAAUGAGUCCAUGGAGAUGACAAUUGUGGCCACCAGUGAUAACAAUGGAAAUACAAGUAAUGCCAAAGUGAUGAAGACUCUGCCUGUUCAGUUCAGUGUAGACGUAGCCAUCAGUCCCGUUCUUGAAAAUUCUACAACAUAUCUGAAUUUCUCUCUGGAAGAUAAAGGCCCAAAACCGGUCAUUGCUGUGUAUAAAGUGAGUAAUCUGGGACUAAAAGGUCUGCCUGUAACAGUCAGCUUCUGGAUGCCGUCUCAGACUGGUAUAAACUUUCAUGAUCUGAACAAUCACGCCAUAUCACAGAAUGUUACAACCUGUAACAUCAAACCAUCCAAACAACAUGCUGACUGUCCAUUAGAGCAGUGUGUGAACUUCAUGUGUCAGUCUUUCCUACUGGAUCCUGGGUCUGAUGCGCAGUUUGAGCUGAGAGCGUUCAUGACGUUCCCUAAUAAACAACAAUACACAGGGAGAUGGUCUUUCAGUGAGUUUAAGAAGGAGGACGAUUUUUCUGUCUUUGCUCAGGUGGACUUUGAUAAAAAACGUUAUCGUCAGCUAUCCAGUGAGGGAGAGAAAGAUACAAGCAGAUUUCACCAAGCAAAGAUUAGUGUGAAAGAAGAGCUGGUCAUUCCUCCUGAUAUGAUUAUGAUCAUCGGAACAGGAGGAGGUGGCGGACUUCUCCUGCUCAUAAUCAUCAUCAUACUGCUGUGGAAGUGUGGUUUCUUUAAGCGUAAUCGUCAUGCACUGUGUCAAGAAGCGAAUGAGAACAGUACUGGAGAAGAAGAUGAAGUUUCUAGCGCUGAAACAAAAGGACCAUCUUCCACAUCUGAAGAAAAUCCACUUAUCAUCGAUGGAGAAAAAAAUUUGUCAGAAAAUGGAAAGCAGAACGGAGAAAUGGAGAAAGGAGACAGUGUGGAGUGAAAAGUCUUCACUGAUUGUUUGAGUGUGAUUCUGCUUCUGUUGUGCAGUAUGUGUAACUCUGUGAUUCAUUUAUCAUUGCAGGAUAUUUAUUUUUCUAUUAAAGCUUAACGGCAAAAAUAUCUUAUUUCCACACACUGCAUCACUUAUGGCAGGAAUACUGUAUGAAUGAGAUGAUGAACAUGACCAGUGCCUCCUGUGUGAGGAGCCCAGUGUCUGGGCUGUGUGUGUUUUUGAUUGGUUGGAUUAGCCGGCUGCCAGUACGCCGGUCAUCUGUGGGGCUUUUAGUUAAAUUAUAUAUGAUUUCUAUUUUAUAUAUUGUUUAUAUUUUGUGUAACCUGCUACUCAUUUCUGACUCUCACUUCCUGUUGCGUGAUGCACAUAAACCAAGUUAUGGCUGUUGCUAAGAAUGAUGUAUUUUUUCGGAGAUGAAUGUGCUUGCACUGAUAACAGGUGAUCUUUACAGGUCUGUUUCAGUAAUCACACGCUGCUCAGCUGAUCCUGUACUCAUCAUAUUAUUUCAGUUGUGUGUGUGUGUGUGUGCGCGCGCUCCAUUCAUCACAAUUGCCAACCUCCUGGUUUUCAUAUAAAAGUGUACAAACAUCAUCAGCAUUUUGAACUGGGGAAACAAAUGAUUUUAUAAAAAUAAAAAUUAGGGCUUGUGAGUAAAUAAAGUGAAUGGAAGAUGUAGGACAUGAUCAUUAACUGUUAGUCGUUUUUUUAUGAUGGUGUGCAGUUUAAUAUAUGAAUAAUUAUCAUAAUUAUGCUCAAAAUAAAUUAAACUUUUUUUUAUUUCAACAUUAAACAACUGCAAAAUGUAAUAUUUUACCUCCCAUUGGGGAAAAAGGAGAAAAUGUAAAAAUGCUCGUUCGACUCAUUUUCAUUCCAUCAGAAAGUGAAAUGCAGUCAAAGUCCCAGAUCCUACAAUUAGAAAUAAGAAUAUUUUACUCGUUUCUAGAUCUGAUUUAAGUUUUUAAUACUUACUAAAACCUUUUUCUCUGUCAUGAUGCCAGAUUUGUGAUUUUUUUUAUCUGAAAUGUUAAAUGUAUUGUUAUUGUAUCUCAUAUAUAGUGUGUUUAUUGCUGAUUAAUUAUUAAAGUUAUUUUGCCUUU